CAGGCCGGACAGGUUUCCCGGGAGAACAGCGGGUCCCUGUUUUCAGCGCCCCGGCCCGGGGUAAAGUCUGUAGGCUUGGCCCUUCCGUUUCUCCGUCUCGGUUCCUGGAACUGCGUAUCAGAACCCCGCAGACAUGUCGGGGUUCAGCCCGGAGCUCAUCGACUAUCUGGAAGGGAAGAUCUCUUUUGAGGAAUUUGAAAGGCGGAGAGAAGAGAGAAAAACCCGCGAAAAGAAAAGUCUUCAGGAAAAAGGAAAGUCAACAGUUGAAGAAAAUCCAAAUGACUCUGAAGUUCCAUCAUCAUCUGGAAUUGACUUUACCAAAUCUCAGGAAAAAGAUGUCAAUGAAGGAGAAACGUCAGAUGGAGUAAGUAAGUCAGUUCACAAGGUCUUUGCCUCCAUGCUUGGAGAGAAUGAAGAUGAUGAGGAGGAAGAGGAAGAAGAAGAGGAGGAGGAGGAAGAAGAAACACCUGAGCAACCCACUGCAGGCGAUGUGUUUGUACUGGAGAUGGUUCUCAAUCGUGAAACCAAGAAAAUGAUGAAAGAGAAGAGGCCUCGGAGUAAACUUCCCAGAGCUCUGAGAGGUCUCAUGGGUGAAGCCAACAUUCGCUUUGCUCGAGGAGAACGAGAAGAGGCGAUAUUGAUGUGCAUGGAAAUCAUAAGACAAGCUCCUUUGGCUUAUGAGCCGUUCUCUACUCUUGCAAUGAUAUAUGAGGACCAGGGUGACAUGGAGAAAUCACUGCAGUUUGAGUUGAUUGCUGCACAUUUAAAUCCCAGUGAUACUGAAGAGUGGGUUAGAUUGGCAGAAAUGUCCCUGGAACAAGACAAUAUUAAGCAGGCUAUUUUUUGCUACACAAAAGCACUCAAAUAUGAACCUACUAAUGUUCGUUAUCUGUGGGAGCGAUCAAGCCUUUAUGAACAAAUGGGAGAUCACAAAAUGGCAAUGGAUGGUUAUAGGCGUAUUUUAAACCUUUUGGCUCCGUCUGAUGGAGACCGGUUUAUGCAGUUGGCUAGAGAUAUGGCAAAGAGUUACUAUGAAGCCAAUGAUGUUAUUUCAGCUAUUAAUGUAAUUGAAGAAGCUUUCUCAAAGCACCCGGGCCUAGUCUCUAUGGAAGAUGUUAACAUUGCAGGAGAACUGUACAUUUCUAACAAACAAUAUGACAAAGCUUUGGAGGUAAUUGCAGAUUUUUCUGGAAUUGUGCUUGAAAAAAGAUCUACAGAAGAAGGCACAGAAGAGAAUACAGCUGAUGAUAAUGUUACCUGCAUUGUACCUGAUGGCGUGCCAAUAGAUAUCACAGUGAAGCUGAUGGUCUGCCUUGUACAUCUCAACAUUCUUGAUCCACUUAAUCCUCUCUUGACAACACUAGUGGAACAGAAUCCUGAAGACAUGGGAGACCUCUAUCUAGAUGUUGCUGAAGCUUUUCUGGAUGUUGGUGAAUAUAAUUCUGCACUUCCCCUCCUUAGUGCACUAGUCUGCUCUGAAAGAUACAACCUGGCAGUGGUUUGGCUUCGGCAUGCAGAAUGCUUAAAGGCCUUAGGCUACAUGGAGCGUGCUGCCGAAAGCUAUGGCAAAGUGGUUGAUCUGGCCCCCCUCCAUUUGGAUGCAAGAAUUUCUCUUUCCACCCUUCAGCAGCAGUUGGGUCGUCCUGAGAAAGCGCUGGAAGCUCUGGAACCAAUGUAUGAUCCAGAUACUUUAGCACAAGAUGCAAACGCAGCACAGCAGGAACUGAAGUUACUGCUUCAUCGUUCUACUCUGUUGUUUUCACAAGGCAAAAUGUAUGGUUAUGUGGAUACCUUACUUACCAUGUUAGCCAUGCUUUUAAAGGUAGCGAUGAAUAGAGCUCAAGUCUGUUUGAUAUCCAGUUCCAAAUCUGGAGAGCGGCAUCUCUACCUUAUUAAAGUGUCAAGAGACAAAAUAUCAGACAGCAAUGACCAAGAGACAGCAAAUUGUGAUGCAAAAGCCAUAUUUGCUGUACUCACAAGUGUCUUGCCAAAAGAUGACUGGUGGAACCUUCUGUUGAAGGCCAUAUACUCCUUAUGUGACCUAUCGCGGUUUCAGGAGGCUGAGUUACUUGUGGAUUCUUCAUUGGAAUAUUAUUCAUUUUAUGAGGACAGGCAAAAACGCAAAGAGCUAGAAUACUUUGGUCUCUCUGCUGCAAUUCUGGACAAAAAUUUUGGAAAGGCAUACAACUAUAUCAGGUUAAUGGUAAUGGAACAUGUCAAUAAACCCCAGCUCUGGAACAUUUUCAAUCAAAUUACCAUGCACUCCCAAGAUGUACGACAUCAUCGCUUUUGUCUCCGUUUAAUGCUCAAAAACCCAGACAGUCAUGCCCUGUGUGUCUUAAAUGGACACAAUGCCUUUGUAUCUGGUAGUUUUAAGCAUGCACUUGGACAGUACGUGCAAGCCUUUCGCACCUAUCCCCAUGAACCUCUCUAUAGCCUCUGUAUAGGCCUAACCUUUAUUCACAUGGCAUCUCAGAAGUAUGUAUUAAGGAGACAUGCUCUUGUUGUGCAGGGCUUUUCCUUUCUUAACCGAUACCUCAGUAUACGUGGGCCUUGCCAGGAAUCAUUCUACAAUUUGGGCCGUGGCCUUCACCAGCUGGGGCUGGUUCAUCUUGCAAUCCACUAUUAUCAGAAGGCCUUGGAGCUCCCUCCACUUGAAAUAGAGGGUAUAGAAGUUGACCAGUUAGACUUACGAAGAGAUAUUGCCUACAACUUGUCUCUCAUAUAUCAGAGCAGUGGGAAUAUUGGAAUGGCUCAAAAGCUUUUGUAUACUUAUUGUUCUAUAUGAAAAUUCUUAGCUGGGCUGCUGCUGUGCAUGGACCAGUAUUUUCUGUCUUGGAGCUUAUUAAGCCCAAAAUGGAAAUGAUAAUUUCGGAAUUAUAAGCUGUGUAUUUCAUUUUUAAUAUAUGAUAAUAUUUUGGUAAAUAUGCAAAAUUACAUUCCUGUAAUAACUUUUAUAUUAUUCUGUCAUUUUCCCUUACCGUUUUUGGUAAGUUGUCCCCCAGUCUGAAAUGGACAGUAGUAGUCAUUCAACUAGCAUGGAGUUGAAUACUCUAAUUUUUUUUCAC